GCGCACUUUGUUUGUUAGUACUAAGUACAUAUAUUUUUUUAUUAUAUGUUACAAAUAAUUAAAAUUAUCAAUUAAAACAAAAUAAAAACAAAACAUUUUAUUAACAAUAUUAUUUGGAUUCUAUAAUGUUAUUAAAAACCAUUAAAAAGUCUAUUUUUAAUCCACAAUCUUCAAGAUGUUUUUUUAAUAAUUUUUUUACAAAAAACAAUACAAAAGAAAGACGACUAGUUGAUAAUUCAUUUGGAAAAUAUGAAAUAGUUACACUCUGGAAUGUUUCAAAAAUGCAUGAUGUUCCCUCACAUAUACAAAAACCAUCAUGGUACAAAGCUUGGACAUCAGAAAAACUUCCUGAUGAAAUUGAAAUUAAAAAUGAUAUUCAAAUUGAAAAAAUGAGACAGAGUUGUAAAUUAGCUAAAAAAAUAUUAAACUCUGUUGAGUUAUUAAUUGAACCUGGAGUGACAACUGAUUUCAUUGAUGAACAAAUACACAAAUUGAUUAUUAGUUAUGGAGCAUAUCCAAGUCCUCUGAAUUAUCUUGGAUAUCCAAAAUCAAUUUGUACGAGUAUCAACAACGUUGCUUGUCAUGGAAUUCCUGAUGAUCGACCUCUUGUUGAAGGUGACACAUUGAAUGUUGAUAUAACUGUGUUUUUAAAUGGAUAUCAUGGAGAUUGUUCAGACAUGUUUUGUGUUGGACAAGUUGAUUCUAAAGCUAAACAGCUUAUUCAAGUGACUAGAGAAUGUCUUGAUAUUGGUAUAAAUGUCUGCAAACCAGAUGAACAAUUUUGCAAUAUUGGAAAUGCAAUUGAAGAACACGCAAAUAAAAAUGGUUUCUCAGUUAUUCCAGUUUUUUGUGGUCAUGGAAUUGGUAGUUAUUUUCAUGGUCAACCAGAUAUAUACCACGUUGGAAAUGAUUUGCCUGGAGUUAUGAAAGCUGGAAUGGUAUUUACAAUUGAACCAGUACUUAGUCAAGGUGGAACUGAUGUUAAAGUAUUAGAAGAUGGUUGGUCUGCAGUUACAACAGAUGAUUCAAGAACAGCACAAGUUGAACAUACAAUAUUGGUGACAAAUCAUGGAUGUGAAAUACUAACUUGCUGAUUGAUUGAUUAAAUUUUUAUUAUUAAAAUCAUAAAUCAGUGUUUAAGUAAUAUUAAUUUAGAAAAAAAAAAAGUUUAUUAUUUUAUUGUGGUGGACCUGGAUUGA